AGAUAAAUCAGUGGUGUCUUCAAUCCAAAGUACUGAGAAAAUUAGACUUUUGCAGAGUUUCAUUAUCACGUGUCGAUCACCAAAUACAACAGAUUUAUAAUGAUGAACAUUAAUAGUGUCGUCUCAGUCGGGCACUAGUUAUAAAGUGUAAUUGUGUGCGUGCGGCGGUGGUAUCGGAUGUAGAGGGGUGUUUGUGCGCGUGCAGCCGUGCAUAAACAGCUCUGCUAAUGUGGAAGGGGAGGGCAAGACGUCACGGAUCAGGAGUGAAAACACACUGCAGUCAGAAGUCAGCAGGACGCCGCUGCUGUCGUUUUGCAAACAGUACUGGUUGUAGUACUUUGGCAGUAGUAUUUGCUGUGAAUGGGCGCUGUGUGGCGGUGGGUAUCAGAAUAACAGUCCUAAUAACGGCAACAGUUUUAUCAACAGCAACAACAGAAGUUUGUUUGCGGGAAGAGAUUCUACAUGACCCCAUCCGAGUAAGCUGAUCUUUUCUAGCCACAGUAAAGGUCAAAGGUCAGGAGAAAUUUGUAACAACAGGAAGUGUAUGUCGUGGUGUUCGUCUUUCCGCUGCUCAAAGUUUCGCCACGUUUUUGGGAAACCGUCCACCAAGGAGCACAGCUAUGACGGGGUGCCAAUCACACGCAGCGUCCAUGACAACCACUACUGCUCAGCCAAUCCCUGCUUCAUCGCCGUGGUGACCGAGUGUGCCGGGGGCGGGUCCUUUUUAGUCCUGCCCAUCCACCAUACAGGCAGGGUGGACCCUCAGCACCCGAGGGUGUGCGGUCACAGUGGGAGGGUCCUGGACGUCAAGUGGAACCCGUUUGACGAUCACUGCGUCGCCUCGUGCUCAGAGGAUUGCACUGUGAAGAUCUGGGACAUCCCGGUCUGUGGCGUCCAACAAAACCUCACCAAGGCCAGGAAGACUCUGAUUGGUCACUCCAGGAGGGUGGGGCUUAUUGAGUGGCAUCCAACAGCUGAGAACCUGCUGCUUAGCUCCGCCUACGACUACAAGGUCCUCCUCUGGGACGUGUCCCAGGUAGGUGCGGUGCUCAGGUACCCGGUUCGGGUGGUUCUGAUGCCCAUCUACAACCGCUACCCGUCCGAUACGCUGCUGCUGUCUGUCAGCUUCAACAGCGAUGGCAGCAGGCUGGCGGUCACGUCCAAAGACAGGCGGGUUCGAGUCCUGGACCCGCGGACAGGAACGAUUCUACAGGUGUCCAGCAGUAAGUCCCACAGGGCCAGUAAGGUUUUAUACAUCGGAGGGCUGAAGAUGCUUCUGUCCACCGGCAGCUCACCCUGGAACCACAGACAGAUCGUCCUCUGGGACCCUGACGACUUAUCUGAGCCUCUGCAUGAGGAGGACUUGGACGGGUCUGCAGGAGUCCUCUUUCCGUUCUACGACCCAGACACACACAUGCUCUACCUGGCUGGAAAGGGCGAUGGGAACAUCCGGUACUACGAGCUGAGCACUGAGAAACCUUACAUCAGCUUCCUGGCGGAGUACAGGUCCCUGCUGCCACAGAAAGGACUCGGGGUGAUGCCAAAGCGCGGCCUGGAUGUGAGCGCCUGUGAGGUUUUCAGAUUUUACCGUCUAAUCGCCAUCAAAGACCUGGUGGAACCACUGUCAAUGAUCGUACCGCGAAAAGAGUCGGGUAUUUUCCAAGAGGAUCUGUACCCAAUGACAGCUGGAAACCAGGCGGCCAUGACGGCUCAGGAGUGGCUGAUGGGGAUCAACAGAGGCCCAGUGCUGAUGUCCCUGAAGCCUGGGACUCAAGUAGCCAACCCUUACCCAGAAACCCCCGCUGAGAAGGGGCUAGUGAGGCAGCUGAGCUCCCGGAGGUUCCAGAUGGGUCCGGCUGGUGGUGGAGUGACCGGGGCAGACCUGGACUUUAUGGUAGAGGCCUUCCUCGAGGAGCAGCUGGCCUACCAGGACGCCAAAUACCCCAGAGAGGUGAGCGACCUGUCGGGGUGGCAGCCAGAUGAGACCCAGAUCCCGCUGUGGACGUACUGCUGCACUCCACACUGCUGCGAACCCGCAGAGAGGCCGCCGCCUACAACCGAGAGCGAGCUCCUGCAAGCAUUUUACAGACAGCAAGACGAGAUUAGAGACCUGAGAGAACAACUUAAUCACAAAGACGAGAGGAUCACUCAGCUGGAGCUGCAGAUCAAAAACACCAGAAACAACAUGAGGGCGACCUUCUGACUCAACCGAUCAAACUACUCGACAUGUCCAACCGAUAGAGGACACGCCGCUGACGUGUUCACGUGGUUAUGGUGUUUUAGCUUCAGCUCAUUCUUUAAAUGAUGCUUGUAUGUAAAUAAAAAGUUAAAAAGUCAUUAGCUCGGGCAAAUUCUAGGCGACCAAUAAACAGUCAAAUAACGAACAGCGUCUAUACUUGUGUCCUCGACUCCACGGGUCUGUGACGUGAAGCGAGAUUAACCGGUUAGCCAGCUACGUUUGGACUCAACUCGGAUUAUCCGGUAACGCAGGAACCGGUCAGCCCAAACCUGCAGAAACUGACUCGUUUGGCCACUCGGGGGCAGCAGAGACAAGCUGUGAACGCGACACUGACACGUCGUCACUUUUUACGCUGAUAUGUUGAACUUAGCAAACAGUUGCUCGGUUACGGAGCAGCGCGAUCAUUCGUUUUGUGUUUGUUUCCAGCUGAUGGAGGUCGGUCCGGCCUUCUCUCUCCGUCAGCUGCUGAAGGAAACAUCUGGCUCUUCAGCUGCUAGACGCUCCGCUAUGUUCACCAGCUGCUCUCUGACUGCUGAGCAGGCGGCGUUCACCGGGUUUUCACAGCUUUUUCACUCUUAAAACGACGCUUUGAGAGCGGUGAGAGCGAUCCAAAAACCACAAAGUUGUGGCCAGACACAUAAUUGUACUUAAGUACAGUACUUAGUUAGUUAGUAGGACAUUUUAGAACGGA